ACAGACAGAAGAUUAAAGAUUAUCAAAUGACAGAAAAAUUGAAAAUAAAGAAUUUUCAAAGGGGUUUCAUCACUUUCGUCACAAAUCACAAUAAAAUGUUAUUUUUGAGUUAAAAAGUGUUUAUUCACAGUUAAUAUAGUUUAUACAAAAGUUUACAGUGACUGGUUUGUUUACAACAUUUUUAUUCUGCACAUACGCAAGAAACCAUUUGAAAAUGAAGCUUUUAAAGAACACUUGGCCUUUAAGACUGGGGCACAGGAAGAAAUUGAGUCGCUGUGUAAGCACCUGGUCUCCGUUGGCCACUGCCUUCAACACUCGACCAACAUCUAGACCUAUUUUUGACUCAAUGCGAGAAAGAACUGGACUCUUCAACAAGCCAGAAUUAGUUAGUUUUGAAGGCUUCUUCAGUAUGAAAGAGCAGGCAAUAUCAGCCACAGACCGAUUGAUAGAGGAAGCCACUUCGAACCCAACCCGUCCCAUGGUGGAGAUCUUCGAUGAACUGUCAGACACCUUGUGCAAGGUGGCUGACCUAGCAGAGUUUGUGAGGAUAGCUCACCCACAGUCCCAUUUCGCGAGUGCUGCUGAAGAUGCUUGUAUUAGUGUUAGCGGUGUUGUUGAGAAAUUAAACACUCAUAAAGGACUUUACGAAGCCUUAAGAGACUCUGUGAAGCGCGGAACAUCAGGGGACCAGCAUUUAGCCGAGUUAUUCCUCUUCGACUUUGAGCAGAGUGGUAUCCAGUUGGCUGAGGAGCGACGGCGCAGGGUCGUAGCUCUAAAUGACCUUAUACUUCAGACCGGACAGAGGUUUAUGGCGGGGGCCGCUAAACCGAGAAGAGUACCACGAUCUGCUGUUCCCUCUAAUGUUAGACAAUUUUUCAGCAGUGAAGGUGACGACAUAAUAGUGAGCGGAGUGUACGCGGAGUGCGGCGAGGCGGCGGCGCGCGAGGCCGCCUACCGCCUGUACCUGGCGCCCGACAACCUGCAACACCAGCUACUGUCCACCACGCUCGAUGCCAGGCACGAGAUGGCCACUAUAUGCGGCUUCCAGAGCUAUGCUGAUAGAGCAAUAAAAGCGAGUACAAUGGAGACGGCAGCGAACGUCAGACAGUUCCUUGAUAUUCUCUCCGACAACCUGUACGACAGGGCCAAGAUGGACUUCGACGCUAUGCUGCAAAUGAAGAUGCAGGAAACUCCAUACUUGAACUCGUUAAUGUGCUGGGACACACCGUACUUCACGCAUAAAGCGAAGACACAACUCCUGAAUGUUGCCAACUCGGACUUCAGUCCUUAUUUCUCAUUGGGCGGUUGCAUGGAAGGCCUGAACAUGCUCUGUGAAGAGUUGUACGGCAUCAGUUUGAAGUCUGAGGAGAUGUUGCCAGGUGAAUCCUGGUCUCCGGAUGUGUACAAGCUGGCGGUGGUGCACGAGACGGAAGGCUUGCUCGGCUACAUCUACUGCGACCUGUACGAGCGGCCCGGGAAGCCACACCAGGACUGCCACUUCACCAUACAGGGUGGGAAGCUGUUGCCCGAUGGAAGCUACCAGAACCCCAUCGUGGUGGUGAUGCUGUCGCUGUCGGGGGGCCACCGGUCGGGCCCGGCGCUGCUGUCGGCGGGCGGCGUGGACAACCUGUUCCACGAGGUGGGCCACGCGCUGCACUCCAUGCUGGGCCGCGCGCGCCACCAGCACGUCGCCGGCACGCGCUGCGCCACCGACCUGGCCGAGGUGCCCUCCGUGCUCAUGGAGUACUUCGCCAGCAGCCCACAGGUCAUCCGUCGUUUCGCGCGCCACUUCCAAACGCGGGAACCGAUGCCCGAAGACAUGCUAAACAGGCUCUGCGCUUCUAAACACUUAUUUGGAGCGAGCGAAAUGCAACUACAGGUGUUCUACUCGGCAUUAGACCAGCAUUACCAUGGGCCUGAAGCAUCAUCUCGUGGCAGGACAACGGAAGUUUUACAGAAAGUACAGAAACAAUAUUAUGGACUGCCUUACGUUGAAAAUACUGCAUGGCAACAUAGGUUCAGCCACCUAAUAGGGUACGGAGCGAAGUACUAUUCAUACCUGAUCUCGCGCGGCAUCGCGUGGAGCGUGUGGCACAAGUAUUUCAAGGACGAACCGCUGUCCAGGACAGCUGGAGACAAUCUCAGACACGGAUUGUUACGACACGGGGGCGCUGUGCCACCUAAGAUUUUACUCCGCGACUAUUUACAAGAGGAAGUGACGCCGACCACGCUAGCGAACGCUCUUGCGGAAGAACUCGACUACCACAAGGACCAUUUAGACACAGUACUCAAAGUUAUAAACAAAUGAUCUACAUUACACCUAUAUGCUUCACAAUCUACAUGAAAAUUGAAUUACUUCAUAUCAUUUGCCUAUAAAUUGUAAUUGAGGUGGCCGUUCCCUUCCGAGAAGGGUGUUAGACAAAUAUGUCUUGUAAGACAAGCAUUUAUAGUUGAAAAUCGUAUAAAUAGAUAAAAAUUAUCGUACACGUACAUAUAGAUAGAAUUGAAUUAAUUAUGCUUCAUUCUCAGUGGGAUAUUAUGUAUCUUCUUUCUAGCGUUAUCCAAAAGUUCCUUACUUUAGGCGCAAUAUACAAUAUAAUCUUUUCUUUGUUCUAUUUUUCGUUAAAAAAUACAUCACUGUGAUAAAUGUUAACGUAAUAAGUUUCACUUCUAUGGCCGCUUAUCGAUUCGUGUAGAUUUUAAUAACUUGCAACAUUAAGUUUUUAUUACUUGGUAGUACUCUAAAAUAAAAGGGAACAAUGGGUACUGCCACUGCCUAUCUUUUUCAAAAUCGGCGUGAAUUUAUGAAUAAAGUUCAUGUUAUGCUAACAAAUGGACUGAAAUCUGAUCUGUAAUACUUUACAAAAUCAUUUGAAUUGAAGUUAGGAAUUUGUAGUAAAUAACAUCAAUGCAGGACAUGUUUUCGCAUUUACUGUUGAAGUGUCUUCCUAUAUGAAAUUAUAAUUCGAAUGUAGUUGUGUGUGAAUACGUUGUACUGUACAUAUUGUAAAUGUUAAAUAAAUUAUUUAUAGUGUAACUUGUUGGGAUAUUUUCUUCAGUAUUAGAUAGCGAAAUUACUAAUUUUAAUACGGGUUGUUUAGUUUCUGAUUAUUGCAUCAAUUUUACUGUGAAGUUUAGAAACUAAAAGAAAUUUGCUAUGACAAACGACCUAUAGAGAUAUUUGAAAGUAAAGUCCUGCACAACUUUUUAAAUCUGUAAACUUUCAUCACAGAAUUUCUUGGCCACUUGUAAAUACACGAUAAAGGAUAAAUAAAACAAUGACGGAAAAUUAUAAA